GGCGGCUCUAAGACAGCUAUGCCCUCCGGGCCAGAGCAGCUACGACUGCGGCUCACGGUGCUGCAGAACACGCUUAUCAUGCUACAGCUAAGGCACCCUGGCCGCCGAGAGCUCGAAGGCGUUAACUUCGCGCUAUUCGAGAAGUACAAGGAGUACCUCUUGGGCGACUACUGCUAUGGCCUCCGCUCCAGCGAGGACUCUGGCUCGCUAGUGCCGCCCUGGAGUUUGGUACUCAGCUACGAGCACGCAAUCAGGAAGCAUGCCUACAAGGUCAUGGCUACCGGCUACCGCCGGCUACACCUUCGGGGCUGCGCUAGAAACGGCAAGGGCAAGGAUGGCAAAGGAGAAGCUCAAGGCGCCGCUACUGCCGCUUUUAGUGUCGGCACCGUCAGCUACAACCAUGGCUCCCUCCACAAGGUCCGCCAGAGCUACCUCGAUAGGAUUGCUGCUAAGGAAUUUGACCUCGGCCCGUUCGCAGCCAUGAGUGCCCGCGAGGUGGCCGCAUUGGUGGCUGAUGGUGCAGCUACGUUCCUCGCUAUGGAGCAGCCCGAGGACUUGGGUGCGCUAGCUAGCUUCGGCACUCCCUAUGCUAAGCCGACACGCCUGCUACUGCACACAUCGCUACCCAUGCCGGACUGUGUUUACGAAGGGCCCCCGGGUGCUGGGCGGGACGGGGCCCCCCCGAAAAGGACGCUAGAACUCGUCCUCGCGAGGGUGGGCUCCUUGGAGCAGCUAGAGAAGGAAGCCUUCCGCAUGGCCGCUGGCGGUGAGAAGGGCUGUACCCUCGCUAGUGACCAAGACCUACAUCACCAGCUACGCGACCUCUGGAAGGACUGGCUAGAAGCCCAAGACUUGGGGGAGCCUGGGCUGCUAGAUGUGGCGCCGGGGCAACCUCUACACCUCAGGCUACUUCGCGCUAUGCUGGAAGCCGCUGGGGACCCUGACAGGGAAUUCCUUCGACAAGCAGAAGAGGGGCUACCAGUAGGCAUACUGGACCCGCUACCUCGGACCCCGCACGUCUUCGAGGAGCAGGUGAAGUGGCUGCUAGAGAACUUCCCCUGGGAGGCCUCGCUAGCGUGGGUGCCUAACUACAGCUCGGUGGAGGAGCACGCCGACUUCGCUAGAGCCAAGUUCGAAGAGGAUGUUAGCGAGGGGCUCAUGGCUAAAAUGUCCAUGGGAGAGUUCCUGGAGCGCUACGGGGAACAUACCGCUAUUGCGGCGCUCGCUGUCAUCGUUGAGGACGAGGAGCUAGACAAGAAACGCAUCAUACAUGAGGAAGGCGAGACUGCCUUCUCCGUCGUGGGCGACAUCGCCAAGGCCCACCGCCGCUACAAACACUCUGCUAAGGA